CAAGAUACAAUACGACUUAUUCGAACAAAUGAAUUAUCAUAUCCCUCAACAAUAUCAAAUAAUGCUCGUCAUAUUAUUAGUCAAUUAAUUCGUCGUAAUCCAUUAGAUCGUAUGCCAUUAAAUGAAGUUAUUAAACAUGAAUGGAUUAUUGAAAAUGCAAAUAUUAAAUCAAUUGAUGAAAAUUAUGAAAAAGUUAAUAAAUCAACAUUAAAUAAUCAUAAUACAUAA